AAUUCUUAGGAAUAAAUUGCAAAGGUAUGAAAUUUGAGGAUUAAAUUAUGCAGAAUCUAAAAGUAAGGGGUCGAGACUGUAAUUUUACCGUUAACAAAAUUUGCAGAGAAGGACAAAAACCCGACACGGACUCUUCAGGACAAAUGCAGGAAAAGUGUCGGCACCUUGUUGAGUGUGUUGACACCUUGCAGCUCGUGCUGCAUAUCUUUCAACUCAUGCUCGUCUUCUGCACCUCGUGUUCAAGUUCUGCACUUCAUGCUCGGCCUCUGCAGCUCGUGGCUGACCUUAGAAGUUAAGUGUUGGACCUCUACAGUUCGUGGUUGAGCUAUGUAGCUUGUGUUUGAGCUUUGUAGCUCAUUCUCAACCCCUGCACUUCGUGCUCAACCUCUGCAGCUUGUGUUUGAGCUCGGUAGCUCGUGUUUGAGCUCUACAGCUCAUGCUUGACAGCUUGUGCUAUACAAUUCGUGCUCAGCAGCUCAAAAGAUCUUGCCCGAGUUUUGCAUCGUGCUUGUGAGCUCGGCAACUCGUGCUUUUGAACUCAGCAGCUUGCAGCUCAUGUUCUUGCAGCUCGCUUCUCAUGCUCCUGCAAUUCCCAGCUCGUGUUGCAGCAGGGACUUUACAGCUCGUUAUUGUCAAAUUUCCACGGGAUAAUAACUCCAAAUGGCUUGC